UUCUAAUGAUUGCUCAGGCUACUCAUCAAUUAUCAAGAGGAUGUUAUGAGUCGUGAGUCAGCCAGCCCCCGGAUUUCUGGAAGUGCCAGAACCCUAUAUAUAAAAAAGAAGCUUCCUAGUGGAGACAUUGGAGCAGCCGAGAAGUGAGAGCCAUCAGAUUCCUUAAGCUGAGAAGGAAGACAAAAGUCAGCAUGUUCAGCCUGCUUCUGCUGCUGCUGCUUCUCUGCAACACAGGGUCCCACGGCUUCCCAGCAGCAACUUCAGAAACACAAGAGCAAGAUGUGGAGAUAGUGCAGAAAUACCUGAAAAACUACUACAACCUGAAUAGUGAUGGGGUGCCAGUGGAAAAGAAAAGGAACAGUGGCCUAGUAGUUGAAAAACUAAAGCAAAUGCAACAAUUCUUUGGGCUGAAAGUAACGGGGAAACCAGACGCUGAAACUCUGAAUGUGAUGAAGCAGCCCAGAUGUGGGGUUCCUGACGUGGCUGAGUUUGUUCUCACUCCAGGGAACCCUCGGUGGGAGAACACACACCUGACCUACAGGAUUGAAAAUUACACACCAGAUCUGUCAAGAGAAGAUGUGGACCGUGCCAUUGAGAAAGCCUUUCAACUCUGGAGCAAUGUCUCACCCUUGACCUUCACCAAGGUCUCCGAGGGUCAAGCAGACAUAAUGAUAUCCUUUGUCAGGGGAGAUCAUCGUGACAAUUCUCCCUUUGAUGGACCUGGAGGAAACCUUGCUCAUGCUUUUCAGCCAGGCCCAGGUAUUGGAGGGGAUGCUCAUUUUGAUGAAGAUGAAAGGUGGACCAAAAAUUUCAGAGAUUAUAACUUGUAUCGUGUGGCUGCUCAUGAACUGGGCCAUUCCCUUGGCCUUUCUCAUUCCACUGACAUUGGGGCUUUGAUGUACCCCAACUACAUCUACACUGGUGAUGUUCAGCUGUCCCAAGAUGACAUUGAUGGCAUCCAGGCCAUCUAUGGACCUUCCGAAAACCCCGUUCAGCCAAGUGGCCCACAAACCCCACAAGUGUGUGAUAGUAAGCUAACUUUUGAUGCUAUAACUACACUUCGGGGAGAACUAAUGUUCUUUAAAGACAGGUUCUACAUGCGCACAAAUUCCUUCUACCCUGAAGUGGAGCUCAAUUUCAUUUCUGUGUUCUGGCCACAAGUGCCAAAUGGACUUCAAGCUGCUUAUGAGAUUGCCGAUAGAGAUGAAGUCCGGUUUUUCAAAGGUAACAAGUACUGGGCUGUUAGGGGGCAGGAUGUGCUAUACGGAUACCCCAAGGACAUCCACAGAUCCUUUGGCUUCCCUAGUACUGUGAAGAAUAUCGAUGCUGCUGUUUUUGAGGAAGAUACUGGGAAAACAUACUUCUUUGUUGCUCACGAAUGCUGGAGGUAUGAUGAAUAUAAACAAUCCAUGGAUACAGGUUAUCCCAAAAUGAUAGCAGAAGAAUUUCCUGGGAUUGGCAACAAAGUUGAUGCUGUUUUCCAGAAAGACGGAUUUCUAUAUUUCUUCCAUGGAACAAGGCAGUACCAAUUUGAUUUCAAAACGAAGAGAAUUUUGACUCUCCAAAAAGCUAAUAGCUGGUUCAACUGCAGAAAAAAUUGACCAACUCUUACAAAGUUAAAGAGAAAAACAGAUUUCAUGAGUUGAAGAAAAGUGUUUUCCUAAAGAGCCAUGUAUUAAAUACAAUACAGUUAUUAAGUAUAAUCUUAUUUAUACCUCGUUCUGCAUGGGUUUUUUUAUGACUUACAAUGUAAUAAUUUAUAUAUUGCUAUAAUUUAGUUCCACAAAUGAGUGCUGAGUUAGGUCAAGUUCAUGGCUUACAAAUACAGUUUUGCAAUGAAAGAAGCUCUUUUCCAAAAUAUAAGACUCUGACACUGAUAGUGGAGAGCAGUCUCAGUGAUGAACAUCUCUUCCCAAGAAAGAAAGAGACAAGAGAUAUGUCUUCACCAGAAGAAAAACAGUUCAAGAAUGGAUGAGCCGUCGUUAUUAUUAUCAUCU